UUCUUCUUAUAACUUGUUCGGCUGAAUUGUACACGUUUUUGCUGCAAUUUCUUCGGCAUUUAUUCUAAAAAUUUGCACACAUCCCAAUAAAAACAUUGCUCAUACGUAGCAACAUAAUGGCACUUACGUCGCGCUUUUACUUUCAAAAAUAUCCAGAGACGGAAGAUGUCGUCAUGGUUAACGUACUCUCCAUAGCCGAAAUGGGCGCUUACGUACAUUUGCUGGAGUACAACAACAUAGAGGGCAUGAUAUUACUUUCGGAAUUGUCACGUCGCCGCAUAAGAUCCAUCAACAAAUUAAUUCGAGUGGGUAAAACAGAGCCUGUUGUGGUCAUACGUGUGGACAAGGAGAAAGGUUAUAUUGAUCUCUCCAAGCGUCGCGUCUCGCCGGAGGAUGUGGAAAAGUGUACGGAGCGCUUCGCCAAAGCGAAAGCAAUUAAUUCACUGCUUCGCCAUGUGGCAGACAUACUGGGUUACGAUACCAGCGAGAAGUUGGAGGAGCUAUAUCAGAAGACGGCGUGGUAUUUUGAAAAGAAAUACAACAGCAAAACUGUGGCCUAUGACAUCUUCAAGCAAUCUGUGACUGAUCCAUCGGUGUUUGAUGAAUGUCAGCUGGAUGACGAAACCAAGGAGGUGCUGCUGAGCAACAUUAAACGUAAACUGGUCUCGCCCACGGUUAAAAUACGUGCAGACAUUGAGUGUUCAUGCUAUGGCUAUGAGGGAAUCGAUGCUGUCAAAGCAGCGCUAAGCAAGGGUCUCAUGCUGAGCACGGAGGAGCUGCCCAUACGCAUUAAUUUAAUAGCGCCACCACUAUAUGUGAUGACCACAUCGACGACAAAGAAGACAGACGGUCUGAAAGCGCUGGAAGUGGCCAUUGAAAGCAUUCGCGAAAAGAUUCUGGAGUAUGAGGGCGAAUUUAAAGUAAUUAUGGCACCCAAACUGGUUACGGCCAUUGAUGAGGCCGAUCUGGCGCGUCGCUUGGAGCGCGCUGAGGCUGAGAAUGCGCAGGUCGCUGGCGAUGAUGAUGAGGAAGAUGGUGCUGAUCAGGAGGGCAUGCAAUUUGAUCCGGAGAAAGAGUUCAAUCAUAAAAACUCGAAUUCGCGUGCAAAUGAUGAUGAUGACGAUGACGAGGAUGAUGAAGAUGAGGAAUAAACAAUGUACGAGCCAAGAAUGCAGCAAAAACAACAACACAAAACAAUGUAGUUUCAGUUUAACUUUUUUAACACUUACACACACAUAUGUAUGUGUACUUGUGUGCGUGUACUCAUCAAAAUCAAUAGAUAUAUGACAUAAAUAUAUACAACUCUGGAUGUACACAGAACCCAUGUACAUGCCACUUGCAGUUUAUACAGUUUUAUAUUUAUAAUUAUACAAGGAAAAACGAAUCCUAAUAAAAAUUAUAAAGUAAUUGUUUAACUAAGCCGCAACAUUGUUUAAAAAUCAAUAAUUCGAUUGUAUGCUAAUUUUUAAGUAGUUGCAACAAUUUCCAAAUUAAAGACUACGCAUACGCA